GUGGAUUAAAUGCACAAACAAAAACACAAGUGGAUUACAUAGAUGCACAAACAAAUCACACUGAAUGUUGGUUAUAUCCAUACGCAACUGAAGGCUGCUGAAAACUAGUAUUCGAAGUGACACGAAAGCGGAACAAAAAUAUCAGGUGACUUAUGUUGCUGUCUUCAAUUGCUCAGAAGAACAGAUCAACAGAUAAGAUACGGCUAAUCAAUAGAACAAAAGCGCGUGAUAAUCAGUUACGCUAUGAAGUAGUACUUGGCAGUGAUAUAUCAACAACCAGACGCAAACCCUUCACAGUUCGACGCAAGCCAGUGUUAAAUAGCUGGUAAAUUAAAGGUACAAUAUUUCUAAAAUUAUGUAAUUGUUUCGGAACAUCUUAAACUGAACAGUUAACAAAAUAUGUAAUGAUGAAGACUAUGUUGGACCUAAAAGUUAUAAUUUCUUUACUAAUGUUGUCGGACAUUGUUUUGUCAUUUCAAACAUUCAAAUAUGGAGACCUUCUUGGUACGAAUUUCUUUUCAAAUAAAAUUCCCCGAGAGGAUCGAAGAAAUCGACGUAAGAAUAAACUGAACAAUGCGAUAAAUGAAGAGAUUCCCGGGUUUAUGAGGUAUGCUCCAAAACAGCAAGAUUUGAAAUUAAAGCGUUUAAUAAAGAAACUUGGUGAUGAUUUCAAUGAUAAAUGGAUGUCGAUUGAACGUCCAAUCGAUGCUGAUCAAAGUGAAGUUUUUAUUUCAGAUUCAGAAAUUAUUGAUGAAAAACUAAUGAAAGACGUUGAAACACUCAAUAUGACUUUAACGGACAGUGACAAUGCUGUUGCCAAUAUUUCUGAUCACACAUUAGAUUUAUUUAAACGAUGGCUUCUACUUCACGGAACGUGCAAUAUUCAUUUUGUAUAUACCGACAUUGGAAGCAUGUUUUGGCCUCGUUGGAUACGUAAAGGCAUCUGUACAACAGAAGUGUCAUGCUCUUGGCCACCUGGUAUGUCUUGCCUUCCUACAGAGGGCGAGGUCAUACGCAUUCUCCGUUGGAAUUGUCGGAGGGCAAAGAGAAAAAACAGAAAGGGACGACGAAACAAACAAAAAUACAGUAACGCUGUGAAAGAUUUAAGAAAAAGAAGGCGUGACCGAUAUGGUGGAAUGAGAUGUAAAUGGCUUAAAAUUCCAUAUGCUGUCAACAGUAAAUGUUUCUGUUCUUGUUGAAAGGCACCACAAUUUAUCAUCUACCAAUUAAAUGUUCCUAAUGUCUUCUUAUACUCAACAAACUAGUAUACAAUUAACCAUUUCAUCAAAGAACUAUGUGUACA